AUGCAAGCACGUGAAGAUGUGACUCUACAGCCCGACCCUGUGGUGAGCAGUCAGUACUUCACCCUGCAGGGUGGCAGCGGUGGGGGAGGGGGUGUCGGGGGUUCGGGGGUGGAGAGGCGGACGUCAGCCCCCCCAGUGAUCCUCAGUCUGGAGUCGCCCAGGUUCCACCCUCAGGCCAAGGGGAAGAACAUCAGGCUGGACGGUCAGCUGAGACGAGCUACCAGGAAGAACAGCUUCUGCAACGGAAUCACCUUCAGCCAACGACCUGUUAGACUCUAUCAGAAGGUGCGUCUGCGUCUGUCCGGUGUACACAACGGCUGGAGUGGUGCUCUGCGGUUCGGUUUCACCAGUCUGGACCCUAGCGAGCUCAACUCUUCCAACAUCCCCAAGUACGCCUGUCCGGACCUGGUGACGCGGCCGGGCUCCUGGGCCAAAGCCCUGCCGGAACGCCUGGCGGUCCGCAACAACGUCCUGUCCUUCUGGGCCGACAGACACGGCCGUGUGUUCUACAGCAUCAACGAGGAGGAACCCAUCCUCUUCCACUGUGGUCUGAGUAUAGGAUGUCCGCUCUGGGCCAUCAUAGACAUCUAUGGUCUCACCCAGGAGGUUACACUGCUAGAGAGCAAGUUUGCAGAGAGUGUCGGGUCCAGUUGUCUGUCUGCGGCCCGUCUCAGUGCCUACCUCCCUCAGAGCAGCCACGACUCCGCAAACUACAAUAAUAACCAGCUAGAGAACAACCAGGCCACUGCGAAGAUGGCGACGUUACAGCUCAACAACUGCAGCUCAAAUUCUCUCAACAACUACAGCCAGAUGAUCCCCUGUUGUACCACAUCUUCCUCCUCCACAACAUCAUCAUCAUCGUCAUCCGUCCCAUUCUCCGCCCCCCGGUUGGUCCGAGCCGGGCUCCCCUCGCCGCUCGACACCGACCUCCACUUCCAUCCAGUCCGUGGCCCGGACGUCAUCCUGUCAGCUGAUCGCUCUGCAGCGUGUAUCCACUUCCUUGAGUCUUCGAGGACUCUGGUGUUCUCAGAUCGCCCCCUAAGGGUCAGGGAGACGCUCUACGUCGAGGUCGGUCAUCUCGGCCUGCCCUACUUCGGGGCGCUCCUUUUCGGACUGACCUCCUGCGAUCCGGGGUCCCUCCAUGCUGGGGAACUUCCUGCCGACCCAGAGGUUCUGCUGGACAGGAAGGAGUACUGGGUGGUGUACCGCGGCUUCCCCAUGCCCUGCUCCGGGGACGUUAUGUCCUUCAGCCUGACACCCAGCGGUGAGGUGCAUCAUGGGGUCAACGGGGCGUCCAGAGGGAGGCUGCUGUGUGUCGAUUCAUCACAGAAACUCUGGGCCUUCUUUACCCUGCAUGGAGCGGUCAACAGACUCAGGAUUCUGGGCACGCUCCAGUCCAGCCCUUCCUCCCCCUCCUCCCAGAGCAGUAGUAGCAGUAGUAGUCCAGACGACAGUGAUUCUGACCUGGCCUUCAGCGUCAACAGAUCCUCCUCCGAGUCCUCCCUGGUGACGGCCCCCAGCUCCCCUCUCAGCCCCCCUGUCUCCCCCACGCUGUCUUCCCCACCCUGUCUCCCCCACCCUGUCUCCCCCACCCUGUCUGCCCCAGAGCUGCCCUCUGGUGGUAAGAACGGGGAGUGCACCGUCUGUUUCGACCAGGAAGUGGACACAGUCAUCUACACCUGCGGUCACAUGUGUCUGUGUAACAACUGUGGGCUAAAGCUGAAGAGACAGGUCAAUGCCUGCUGUCCUAUCUGCCGCAGGCCCAUUAAAGACGUCAUCAAGACAUACAGACCAUGAGGGGACUGGGACAUUACUGCAGCAGGCAUUGUCUAGAGCAGGGAUAUACAACUCUGACCCUACGACAUCCAGAGUACUGCUGGUUUCCUGUUCUACGUGAUAAUUCAGCGCACACCUGUUGUCCCAGGUCUAAAUCAGUCCUUGAUUAGAGGGGAAUAUUUAUUUUUUUAAAGAAGUGGAACUGGCUUUGAGGUCCAGAUUUAUAUUUGAGGGCUAUAGAGACAGACUGGACACCAUUUCAACAGGCCCAUCAAGGUCCUCAUUAAGCCGUCCAUGAGAGGAGAAACUACUGGGACAGGCAGGCAGGGCUCUGUCUCCACCCCAGAGACGUCUCUUACCAAACUGGACACUCUACACUACAGCAGGUCCAUCAAGGACCUCCCUCAUCAAGACAUAUUGGCCCUGAUAGACUGGACACACUGCAGCAGGCAGGCAGACUCUCUCUCUCUCUCUACUCGUCUCUCUACUCGUCUCUCUCUACUCGAGUCUCUCUCUACUCGUCUCUCUACUCGUCUCUCUCUCUACUCGUC